UGCUUCAUAUUUCCAAAAGCAGGAGAGCUGCAGGAGAAGGAACUGGUGGUAAAUUCUUGUCCCGUAGUCCAUCCUCCCACAGAAGGGCAAAGUCGGCAAACUAAUUCCUUUACCGAGCCAUUGUCAAACCAAAGCGAGCAUCACGAAUGGGGAAACUGAGCGAAGUCAGAAACUCAAAUUCAAAAACUUUUAUAGCACACACCAAUGGUGGCAACGCCUCCAGUAUCAUCGGCGGCAUAAUCGAAAAAGGCUUUCCGGAGCAACUUCACAGUAGUGGGCCUACGAUUUAUUCCUGUGCUCCUCCUCGACCCACCGUUCGCCCGUUCCCAGUCGCUCGUCAUCGCUCUCACGGUCCGCAUUGGAAUCCAAAUAUUGAGGUUUCUAGUGAGAAUGUUUGUGAUGGUGAAGGCAAGGAUGAUGUCAACAGAUUUGACAGAGUUGGGGAUUUUGCCAAACCUAUGCUAAGGAAAGAUAAUAAAGGUAUGAAUUUUAGUCACUGGCGAGAGGUAGUGGAUAAUAGGUCAGGAGAAAACCAUUUUCAUGAUGUCAGUUCUAAAGUGAGACAAAAUUUCAAGGUAGAAUGUGGAAAUGCGGUCAAUUUAAAGGGUGCAUGCAAAUCACAUGAUUUGGUCCAAGAGAAAACUGUUUCGGCCAUAGCCAUUAAUACUCAAGAAGGUCAUGUGGAUCUCCUACCUACUGGGUUGGAUAAGUUUUGUGAAGGUCAAAUUGAUGAUGGGCAAGAGUUAAUGAGUCUUGAGGGCCAAAUUGAUGCUCAAAAUCGUGCGAAAUUAGCCGGAAUGUCUGCUGAUAAGAUUUUGGAAGCACAGGCUGAAGUUCUGGAAAAUUUUAGUUCCUCUCGAAUAGCAGCACUAAAAAGGCGUGGACUAAAUAAGUUCAACAAGCAUAAUGUUUCGAGUUUAUGCUCACCUUCCAUGGGUGAAAAUGAUAAUUUCAAGAAGGAAAAAUGCAUGGAUGAUUUAACUGUUUCUUCUCCUGCUUUCAAUUCCAAUCUUGCAAGCAAUGCGAACCCGGAAGAAAAAGAUGGGGAUUCAGAUGGUAACAUUUCAAAUUCAUUGCAAAAAAAAACUGGGUUGUGGGAAUCAUGGAGCAAUAGAGUUGAGAGUGUUAGAGAGUUGAAGUUUUCCAUUGAUGGAACUAUUGUAGGAAGGGAUACUAAUAUGGCAGCAAAGAACGCAGCUACAAGAUCUUGUGUUGGUGAUUAUAGUCUAGAUAAUGUAGUAGAGCGUGAUUUUCUUCGAACCCAAGGUGAUCCUGGUGGUGCUGGUUACACCAUUAAAGAAGCUGUUGCUCUUACAAGGAGUGUGAUUCCUGGUCAACGGGCACUUGCAUUACGUCUUAUAGCAUCUGUUAUUGAUAGAGCUAUUAAUGGAAUUUGUCAAAAUCAACUUGGCUGCACAUUAAAUUACACAUCCAAAGAUGAUUCAGUUGACUGGGAGGCCAUUUGGGCUUUUGCACUAGGUCCGGAACCCGAACUUGCAUUAGCACUUAGGAUAUGUUUUGAUGACAACCACAUGUCUGUAGUUAUGUACUGUGCCAAAGUCAUUCAGUGCACACUGACCUAUGAUAUCAAUGAGCGUUUCUUUGAUAUUGCGGAGAGAAUACCUAAUUCCCGAACAGAUAUUCCAACAGCUCCUGUCUUUAGAAGGCGGCCAGAGAUUGACGGUGGCUUUCUUCAUGGUGGUUUCUGGAAGUACAGUACUAAACCUUCUAAUAUCCUUCCAAGGGUUGAGGAUUCUUUUGGGGAAGGACCUGAAGGUGAUCAUUCUAUCCAGGAUGACAUUAUGGUCGCGGGACAAGAUAUAGCUGCCGGUCUGGUUAGGAUGGGAAUCCUCCAAAGGAUCUGCUAUCUACUGGAGAUGGACCCAUCAGCGCCUUUGGAAGAAUGCUUGAUGUCUAUACUUAUUGCAAUUGCAAGGCAUUCGCCAACAUGUGCAAAUGCCAUACUCAAAUGUAAAAGUCUGGUGCAAAUAAUUGUCAACAGAUUCGUUGAGAUUGAUCCGAUGGAAAUAAGUCUUCCCAAGAUAAAAUCAGUCACUCUCUUAAAAAUCUUAGCCCGGUACAGCAAGAAGAACUGUUCAGAAUUCGUAAAAAAUGGAAUUUUCCUGAAGAUGACAUUGCACUUGUACCGUUAUUCAUCAUCUCUUGACCAAUGGGUAAAAUAUGGAAGAGAGGCUUGUAAACUUUCAUCAGCUCUUCUUGUUGAACAAUUAUGCUUUUGGAAGGUCUGCAUUCACUAUGGGUAUUGUGUAUCUCACUUCUCUGACCUAUUUCCCGCCCUUUCCAUUUGGUUGACCUUCCCUUCUUUUGAGAAGCUAAUUGAGCAAAAUGUGGUCAACGAGUAUGCUAUGAUAGCGAAGGAAGCAUUCCUUGUUUUGGAGGCUUUGAAUAAAAGGCUUCCCAAUUUCUAUCCCCACCAAGUGAGGGCUAAUAUAGUGGAAGAAGAAGUACAAGACACAGAGAAUUGGUCUUGGAGAAAUGUGCAUCCCCUUAUUGACCCAACCUUGAAGUGGACCAUCAUACAUAAUUUCCCACACUUAUCCAGGUUGCUUGAGAGUCCAAAUGAAGAAGACAAACAAUACGAUGUAAUUAAUUCUCAGUUGUGGCUCGUUUCAUCAAUUAUGCACAUGCUUUGUGGGGUUCUUGAAGCUGUUAUCCCUCCCGCGGGUAGCACGGUCCAUGUUAAUGGGUGUCUACCGUGGCUGCCCGACUUUGUCCCUAAGAUCGGACUUGAAAUUAUUAAAAAUGGGUUUUUUAGCUUUUCGGGGGAAAUAAAUGGUACUAGUAAGGACAAUCGCUCUUUUCUUGCGUGCUUGUGUCAUUUGAUGCUGACAGGAGGGCCUGAAACAUCCAUUGCUUCCACUUGCUGUCUUCAAGGAGUGAUCCGGGUGGCUUUGGCGGUUGAUAAGUUGAUCUCUCUACCUAACUGCAAGACUCCAGAUUCUUCAUCAAUUUACAAAAAAAACUCAUCACCAGAGGACAGCAUUCUUAGUGAUGGGAUACUGAAGUCAUGCCAGCCCGAUCUAGGACACCUGAUGAAGAAUCUGGUAGAGUCAAUUGAGAACAAGUGGAAACUCAUUGAGUCGGUUGAGACUUUCGGUAGAGGUGGGCCUGCCCCUGGGAUCGGUGUAGGCUGGGGUGCGUCGGGCUGUGGGUUUUGGUCCAAAACUGUUUUAUCGGCUGAGGUGGAUGGAGUGCUGAUGGUAGACCUUCUGGAUAUACUUCGUAUAGCCUCUCCCGGGGAAGAAAAGUUAUUAGACCUCAAUGAGAAUAGUAUGAGAUCUGUGAUACAAAGGAUAAAUGCUGCCAUGGUUACUUGUUUGGUUUUUGGGCCAAAGAAUCAAUAUGUAAUGGAUAAGAUGUUUGGUAUCAUGUUCCAAGCUCCGGUAAUGAAGUCCCUUGAGUUUGUUAUUCGCCAGCUGGUUGGUCUUAAUAAGCGCCUUAAGCCUUUUGAACGGGAAUACAAAGAAGAGGAAUAUCUACUGUUCAGCAACGUUUUAGUAUCUCACUUCAGAAACCGUUGGUUGGGCUCAAAAAAGAAAAUUACAUCUGCGAAGAAUAGUAGAAUUUCAUUAGAAACCAUUCUCGAGGAGGAGACAGAUGUAUCAAGUCUUACAACCGCAGAUCCAACCUCUUUGGUAGUUGAGUGGGCCUACCAGAGAUUGCCUCUUCCCUUGCAUUGGUUUCUUAGUUCACUGUCAACCAUUCCUUUCAGCAAAACUUCUUCUUCUGAUGCUAUGGGCUUUCUUGAUGUGGCAAAGGGCGGUCUAUUUUUUCUUUUUGGUAUUGAAGCAGCAUCUAAACUCCAUGGAGCUGAUUCCCUGGAGUCUCUACUAGUCAAUCCCCGAGUUCCAAAUGGAUCCUUACCACACAUUUCAGUCAUGUGGAAACUGCAUGCUCUGUCAGUUUUAUUGCUCACUGGAACGAGCAUUCUUGAGGAUGGGAAUAGUAGAGUCACCUAUGAAAAUUUGCAACAUAUUUAUGGGCAAUUUCUUGAUGCACGACGAAGCAAUGAAGUGAAGUCUAUUGAUUUUAAAUCUGAGAUACACGAAAGUUAUCCAACUUUUAUAGAGACUCUGGUGGAGCAAUUUGCAGCUGUUUCAUAUGGCGAUUUGAUAUUUGGACGCCAAGUAGCAUUCUACUUGCAUAGGUCUGUUGAAGCUUCUGUUCGGCUUGCUACUUGGAAAGCACUGUGUAAUACUUUUGCUCUCGAGCUUCUGCCUCCUUUGGAUGAAUGCAUAUCUGCUGCUGAUGGCUAUCUUGAACCUGUAGAGGAUGAUGAGAGGAUCCUGGAGGUGUAUGUAAAAUCAUGGGUUUCAGGUGCUUUAGACAGAGCAUCAAUUCGCUCCUCCGCCUCCUUCACACUCACAGUGCAUCACCUCUCAACUCUCUUUUUCAAGCCUUUUACUCGUCACAGCUUGCCAUUACGUAACAAGCUCAUCAGAUCUCUUCUCCGAGACUACUCUCGUAACCAGCAGCAUGAGGGCAUGAUGAUUAGUUUAGUCCAAUAUAAGAAAUUAGGCACUCGCUUAAGAGCCGACACAGGGGGUGAAUCUCUCUCUCCACGCAAAUGUCAAACCGAAAAUAGAUUACAGAAGUUUAGAGAGGCAUGCGAAGGAAAUACAUCGUUAUUGAAAGUUGUGGAGAAAUUGGGUUUGGCGAUCUCAAUGAAACAAUGCAGAUGAAGUUAACAUCAAAUUUGGCUGCAUUUUGGGAUUGCGGUACCUUUUUAAAAUUUAUAUAUUGUAAUACUCUUUUACAUAUUGAAUGUAGGGAUUGUCAUACUCUUUUAUGUAUAUAUCUGGUAUAGAGUUUUGACGAGGAAGUAAUUCACUUUGUGAUUCCGUUUACUGUAAGGGGCGUUUGGUUGGUGCACUAUAAUAAGAUUAGCUUAUUGAUAAGUAGGAUUGCCUCUUGGUUUUGCUUAUAUUAGACUAUCAGAGUAAUCCAAUGAGAUCGAUC